GGCCAGGAAGGUAUCCAUCUGGUGUAUGUGUGUGUGCGUGUGUGUGUGUAUCUCCUUGGGAAGUGCCAUCCACGGAUUGUGUUGUAUUCUGUUUCUGUCAGAAAGUAACCAGUGAGCCGAGUGGAGUAGCAGCAGCAACAGGCCCAUAGAGGAGAUCAAUAGCCAUGUCUUCCAGCUCAGCGAAUGUGCGGAUCCUGAUAAAGGGCGGCAAAGUGGUGAACGACGACUGCACCCAGGAGGCCGAUGUCUACAUCGAGAAUGGCAUCAUCCAGCAGGUGGGGAAGGAGCUGAUGAUCCCAGGUGGGGCCAAAGUGAUUGACGCCUCGGGGAAACUGGUGCUUCCUGGGGGUAUCGACACCAGUGUCCACCUGGAGGAGAGCUUCAUGAAUGCCACCACGGCAGAUGAUUUCUAUAGCGGCACCAAGGCUGCUUUGGCUGGUGGCACAACCAUGGUGAUCGGACAUGUUCUGCCUGAGAAGAACGAGUCUUUGCUGGAAGCCUACGAGAAGUGCCGCAGCUCAGCCGACUCCAAGUCCUGCUGUGACUACGCUCUGCAUGUGGGAGUUACUUGGUGGGGACCCAAGGUUCGAGCUGAGAUGGAGAAGCUGGUGAGAGACAAAGGAGUGAACUCCUUUCAGAUGUUCAUGGCUUAUAAGGACAUGUUCAUGCUACGGGAUAGUGAACUAUUCCAGGUCCUGCAGCACUGUAAGGACAUCGGAGCCAUAGCGAGGGUCCAUGCUGAGAACGGCGAGCUUGUGGCAGAGGGCGCCAAGGAAGCAUUGGAUCUGGGCAUCACUGGCCCAGAAGGGAUUGAAAUCAGCAGGCCUGAAGAGUUGGAAGCAGAGGCAACCCACAGGGCAAUUACCAUCGCCAACAGGGCCCACUGCCCAAUCUAUCUCGUGAAUGUCUCCAGUAUGUCUGCUGGAGAUGUAGUGGCUACAGCCAAGAUGCAAGGCAAGGUGGUCCAUGGAGAAACUACCACAGCCAAUGCUGUCCUGAAUGGGAUGCAGUACUAUCAUCAUGACUGGUGUCAUGCAGCUGCCCAUGUGACUGUGCCUCCUCUCCGCCUGGACCCCAAUACUCCAAAUUUCCUAAUGAGCCUGCUGGGAAACGACACUCUGAAUGUUUUGGGAUCUGACCAUCGUCCGUUCACCAUCAAGCAGAAAGCCAUGGGCAAGGAUGAUUUCACAAAGAUCCCUCAUGGACUUCCUGGCAUUCAAGACCGUAUGAGUGUCAUCUGGGAAAAAGGGGUGAUUGGAGGUAAAAUGGAUGAGAAUCGCUUUGUAGCAGUCACAAGCUCAAAUGCAGCUAAGAUCUACAACCUCUACCCAAGGAAAGGCAGGAUCAUCCCAGGAGCAGAUGCUGAUGUGGUAGUCUGGGACCCAGAGGGAUCCAAGAUCAUUUCUGUGGAGAGCCAGGUCCAGGGAGGGGAUAUAAACCUGUAUGAAGGUCUGCGGUGUCAUGGUGUACCCCUGGUCACCAUCAGCCGUGGACGUCUGGUCUAUGAAAAUGGCAUGUUCACAUGUGCUGAGGGCUCUGGAAAGUUUUGCCCACUGAGGACUUUCCCAGAUUACCUCUACAAGAAGAUGGUUCAGAGAGAAAAGUGCCAGGCAGUGAAAGCUGUGGAGCGGGAGCCCUACACAGGUGAAGUCGUUGCUGUGGUAAAUUCUGGAAAGAGGGACACCGGCUCUUCAGAUCUGGACACUCCGACACGCCCCUGCACCCGUCAUGGGGGCAUGAGGGACCUCCAUGAGUCCAGCUUCAGCCUGUCUGGUGCUCAAAUUGAUGACAACAUUCCAAAGAGAUCCUCGGCCAGGAUCCUUGCUCCUCCUGGUGGGAGAUCCAGCGGGAUCUGGUAACCAAUCAGAUGGCCGCUACAUAAAGCAGAAGAACAAGAUCGGAGGAAAAUGUAUGGCCAAGCAAGAAGACCUGUUUUUACUUUCUGGAAUCUUAGAACAUGUGUGGAGUAAUGAAGUCAUGUUUUCAUUUUGAACUCAGUGCUGUUAUUUAGAAUUGUAAAAUUGUAUGACAUGGCUGUAAUAAUACUGCAAUAUGGCCAGGGGAAGUGUUUGCUAAGCGGUUAUUGCUACCAAAUUCCAGUGAAACGUUAACCAAAUAUAAGCAGCAGAUAAAAAAAAAUGAGUUGCCGUUGAGUUACUUUGGUUAUUGGAUCCUGGUAGGGGAAAAAUGUUGAGUCUUAUUAACAGGUUUAGAAAUAUGAAGGUGAGUCAAGGUUUUUAUGAUGCGAUUGUGUUACCUCACUGUAUAAUACGAUUUUGCACUUGUAUCAUGUACUAUUUAGAUGCCUUUUUACAUGAUUUAAUGUCACAGAUGUCACAAAAUGUCUUUUUACCGCGAGCCAUGAUGAAUGAAGUGUGACAAAUUAUUACGAGGAUGUCGACACAACAUAAAUAUGUCAGUUGUGGAAGAGUUGCCACUGAUCAAAUGAUGAAAAAUAUCAUAGUUCAAGCUUACUGUUCUUAUUUUAUUUUUUUUUUAAUAUAUAUAUUGUAUUAUUUGUUAUUUUUCUUUGAUGCUACUAUGUUGGAAUAAUUUCACAAGUAAGAAUGAAGUCUUUGUUCAGUGGUUCAUCAAGUUAACAGCCUUAUAGCAGAAUAGACUUCUGUUCCACCUCCACCAAAUGUGAAUGAAGCUAUGCUGUGAGUACUGUGCAUGUUAUCAUAGCUAGAACUACAUUAACAAGCACUGAUGUUGAACAUGUUACGUAGCAUCUUUUGUGAUCAUAUUUAUAUCCACAGAGAGCAAAAAGUCUCACCCAAAUUGCCUUUUUCUCACCUGAGAACACUGAUACCCUGAAACACAUCAUUCAAUACCGCUGGUGCAGAUCAUGACAUGGUGAUCGCUGUAAUUUUUUUUUUAUUUUUUUUUUUAAGAGUAGGCACUUUUGACAACUUUGGUUCAUUGUGGUCUGAAAUGACAGGGUGUUAAUGGUCAUCUGACUGAGACUUUUAAUGUAGCAUACCACUGUGAAGCAUAUGCAAUGCUUAACAAAUAUAUUAGACCACCUUUGAUGCUACUAUGUGUAAGUUUUAUGCCACAGCUGCCCUAAAUUAACUGUAUUGCUAAUUAUCAAAAUGAUUUUUUUGUUUCCGUAAUGGUUAAUCCACCAGUAUUUAUACAAAAAAACUGAAAGCAUACAAAAGCACACGAUUAAAUUUUGAUUAAGGUGACAAAUUACAGUUAUUUUACUUGCCUUCUGGAACAGAAAAAAUUGUUUUACUGGUUGAAUGUUAUGCUUGAAUAAUUUAGAACUCAAAAUUUGUGCGGGCUCAAAUUUUGGGUGUAAAAAUGUGAAUUUGGUUUGUUAUUUGCCUAAUAAAUAACACUAUAAAUUUGAAUUUUAAACAAGGUUUUGACAGAUUUCUUAAAUAUUUGUGUUUUCUUGUUUUUAUAACAGGCAGUCUAAUAAUUAUUUUAGCAUUCACAAAGUUGAAGUGUGUCUUCAGAGGAUCAGAUGCCUUCUUAUGACACUGAAAGUUUGUAUGUUUGCAUAGCAACUCCAGAAAAUCACUGAUACUUUUUCAAGUUCUCGUCUACUGUAGUUUUACUGUUCAUUAUUUAGUUACUACAUUUUGCUUGUGAAUGUUUGUCUUGAUAACUGAUUUGUUUUUGCAUUGUUUUGUUUUUGUUUGGUUUUUUGUAUUUUGGUCAUGUGUACAGGAUUUAGCUCAUUUUAGGUGCAUCUAUGUUUACAAGAUCCUCAGUCGUGCUACAGUAAGAGUCCUCCAUUAUUGUUUCUUGGACAGAUUUCACUUUUUUGCGCCAGUGCAUCUUGCUGUGUCUUUUCCCUCCCUAACGUACACUGGUGCUGAACAAUGUGUCGUCACAUUGAAUCCUUUUAUCUCUCUCUCUCUCUCUCUUUUUUUCUUUUCUUUGCAGCUCUCUAUCACAUGAUGUGAGUGCAAAUAAA